UACGAGUUACAUUUCCAAAGAAACCAGAACAAUUUUGUAACCUUAUCCUUAAACAUAUCGGAUUUUACCAUUCGAUUGCAACAAAUAAACAGUUAUUUAGUUAAUGUAGGUAUAUGUGAAAGAUUGUGCGUUACGUUUAACAAAUUGGUGUUAAUUUUAAGAAUGUAGUUUGUUGCAAUCACGGCUAAGUAAAUAUCAUAUCAAGAUGGCAAUCAAGGAGGAAAAUGUACACAUUCAGAGAGAGAAUCAGCCCUCAUACGGUGGAGUAGACAGUGGUAUCACUGAUGAAAACGAAGUUAAAGACUCAGUAGAUCUCUUAGAAGCCACCAUUGGAGGUUUCGGCCGUUGGCAAUGUCAACUAUCGAUACUGGUAUCCAUACUGAAAAUACCCAUCUCUUGGAUACAGCUAAGUAUUGUAUUCUUAGCACCACCCACGGAAUUUUGGUGUGCGCCACCAAAGAAAUUUGAAGGUCUUUCAACGAGAAAGUGGAUUGAUUUGAUAAGCUCAGGAUCAAAUGUCACAGGAAAAUUACACAUUUGCGAAAUGCCGAAUGUCUUGGACUCAAGAAAUACCUCCAUUGUGCCUUGCCAGUGGGGUUACGAGUACAAUACAACUCAAGUUCAUUCUAGCAUUAUAACCGAGUGGGAUUUGGUGUGUGACCGGAAAAUUUUGGCAGAUAUUACCCAAACAAUACUAAUGUUUGGCAUUCUCGUUGGUCUCACUAUUUUUGGUCCCGCGGCCGACCGGUAUGGACGCAGAAAAACGUUACUGCUUUCAACGUUUUUGCUGGUUGUUUUUGGUAUCCUUUCAACUUUAUCCCCAUUUUAUAGUAUGUUUAUGGUGCUCAGAUUUAUCUUGGCUGUGGUGUCGAGUGGCGUUAUGGUAACAUCGUUUGUAGUUUGCGUAGAAAUAGUAGCGGGAUCCUGGCGAACCACCGUGCCUAUAUUGCAUCAAAUACCAUUCGGUUUAGGAAACGCAAUAAUGGCUGUGAUGGCUUACUAUAUCAGAGAGUGGCGUCACCUUCAACUUAUCUUGUGCGGAAUAAGUGCCCUCUAUUUGUGUUAUUACUGGUUAGUUCCAGAAUCGCCUCGAUGGUUGAUGGCAGUUGGAAGAAAAGAAGAAGCGAUAGUUAUAUUAGAAAAUGCCGCAAAAAUGAACGGUAUUGAUAAAGCUCUAAUUCGAAAAAAAGUAAACGAACUAAAUUUUAUCGACGACGAAUGCAUAGAUAAUAAAAUUAGUCUAAUGACAGUUUUCAAAACUUCGGAACUGAAACGGCGUUCGAUAUAUCUAUGCCUGAAAUGGUUUUUCAAUGGCGUAGUAUUUUAUGGUUUUUAUCAAUACGCAGGCCAACUCAAUGAUAAUAUGUAUCUAACUAUUGGAAUCAUUGGGUUAAUAUCGAUACCAGGUGGUAUUAUUGGGGCGAUUAUUGUGAAAAAGUUAGGUAGAAAAGUAAGCAUCGCGGCAGCUAAUUACCUUACAGCGGCGUGUAUAUUUAGCAUAAUAUUUAUUCCACAAGGCGUUUAUUAUCAAGAUUGGCCAAUAAUUUUGUUGGCUGCUGGUGGAAUUUUUGGACUUACCAUUUCAUCGCCGGCCCUCCAUCUAUUUACAGGAGAGCUUUAUCCAACCAUUAUGAGGAACGCAGCUUUAGGACUUAAUAUUAUGCUUACCAAACUGGGAGCAAUGAUUGCUCCGCUUCUCAUAGGAUUAAGUUCAAUUUCGCCAAUCAUUCCAAUGGCUUCUUUUGCAGCACUCUCGCUUGUCGAAGCGAUACUAGUGCAUCCUUUACCAGAAACCUUAGACACUAUGCUUCCAGAAACAGUUCGCGAUAUAGAAGAUGAUACAACUAGUUUAAUUUCACACUAAUCGUGUGGUAUUUUUUAAAUUCUUUUGUGUUAUAAAUGUUUUUUUUGCAUA